CCCAGAGGAGCUCACAGCUUCCUCCUCCUCCUCUUCCUCCUCCUCUUCCUCAUGGAUUCUCAUGAACCUUUGGAUUGAUAUAUUCACGCUCUUGUCAUGGGAAUACACGGUGGAUCUAUGUGGUCUUAAAUGGACAGCAUGUCGCCGCAGCAGGGGACCAUGGGACAGAACAGGUCCGACUCUCUGACGGGAGACAGCAAGAAGAAGAUGAAGACUUUGGCUCAGAGGAGACAGUCGGCUCCGUCGCUGGUCAUCAGCAAAGCCCUCACCAGGUCGAGAAGCACGUCCAGGGAGAACUGUCUGACCCCAGUCAGCCCAGAGUCCUGUCCUCUGGUCCAGGCCUUCCUGGCCGAGUGUCCACGCCGCCUCUUCCUGGGUCACGCCCAAACGCAACUGAAGACGGGCCUCCAGACCCAGGAGAGACACCUCUUCCUCUUCACCGACACGCUGCUGGUCGCCAAGGCCAAGUCUCCCACUCACUUCAAGGUGAAGGCCCAGGUCCGAGUGUGUGAGAUGUGGACGGCCGGCUGCAUGGACGAGGUGUGCGAGGGCACCACCAACCCAGAGAGGAGCUUCGUCAUGGGCUGGCCCACCUGCAACUGUGUGGCCACCUUCAGCUCUGAGGAGCACAAGGACAAUUGGUUGGCCCUCAUCAAAAGUCGGAUCAUUGAGGGCAAAGGGAAGGACGACCCCAAGACCAUUCCUCUGAAGAUAUUUGCAAAGGAUAUUGGAAAUUGUGCAUAUGCCAAGACGCUCGCGGUCAGCAACACUGACAGCACCGAUGAUGUCAUCCGCAUGGCUCUGCUGCAGUUCGGCAUCUUGGGCUGCGUUAAAGACCACCGGCUGUGGGUGAACUCCAGUAAGGACGAGCCUCCGUACCCUCUCAUUGGCCACGAGUUUCCCUUCAGCAUUAAGAUGAGCCACAUUCGGGACGGUGGGAGCACUGGUGGUGGUGGUGGAGGAGGACUGGGAGGAGGACCAGGGUGGGAUCCGACGAGUCCCACAGACUGUCCCGGGGUUCUGCUGCUGGACCAGUGUCUCCCUCCAGACACCCAGUGCCAGUUCAUCCUGAAACCCAGCAAGGUCGCCCCGGGACUGGCUCCACUUUUAGAGCCUGGUCAGCAGAAGUCCUUCAAGAGGAAGAGGUCUCUGAUCAACUGGCCCUUCUGGAGAGGCUCCAGCUCUCAGCUGGACGGCCCGCCCUUAUCCCCGACCUCCCCGUCCCCCACGCAGGGACGGCUGUUCGGACGACCUCUGAGCUCCGUCUGCUCUCCGGACCACGGCCUGCCCAAACCCGUCAUGGACAUGCUGGUGUUCCUGUACCUGGAGGGCCCGUACACCCGGGGCGUCUUCAGGCGCUCAGCCGGGGCCAAAGCCUGCCGGGAGCUCCGGGACCGACUGGACAACGGAGCCGAGGACCCGGAGAUCACACACCAGUCUGUGUUCGUCAUCGCUGCUGUCCUCAAGGACUUCCUGCGUAACAUCCCGGGCAGCCUGCUGAGCGUUGAUCUGUACGAGCAGUGGAUGGAUGUGAUGGAGGGGGAGGGGGGGGAGGAGAGGACGCAAGCUGUCCAGAGGUUGCUCCGCCUCCUGGCCGGCGACAACCUGCUCCUGCUGCGUCACGUGAUCUCCGUGCUGCACCGUAUCCAAGGCAACGCCCACGACAACCAGAUGAACGCCUUCAACCUGUCCGUCUGCAUCGCUCCCAGCAUGCUUUGGUCUCCGGCGCCAAGCACCCCCGAGAUGGAGGGGGAGGGCACCAAAAAGGUGUGUGAGCUGGUUCGCCUCCUCAUCGAGAACUGCUGCUUCGUCCUCGGAGAAGACGUUCCAUCUCUGUUCAGGAGCUUCAGCCAGAAGAGCAGCAGCAGCGACCACGGAUCAGAUGUGUCGUCCUUCCAGAUGAACGACUCGUCCUACGACAGUCUGGAGAACGAGCUGAACGACGACCCUGAGUCUCCGUUCCAGGAGCAGCUUCCUCUGCGAGACAAAGACAAGCCGGACAGCCGCAGCCGCGACUCCGUCAUCACCCUGAGCGACUGCGACCCGGACCCCGACCCCGACGCCGACCUCCUGCUGGCUCCCCCGAUGGCCAGACCCCGCAGGUUCAGCCCCGCCGCCCGCCAGCCGCGCACCCGCCAGACCAACGGGCCCUCGCAGGGUCCCCGGAGGCUGAGGAGGAGCUCGGAGCCCGCCUUGGCGCUGGCGAGCACUCCGUCCGUGGGCGCGGUGAUGGUUCACGCCGAUAACCACCACCUACCGCUGAGGAAGGCGAGCUACGAUGCCGCCAUGGUGGGGGAGAGGGAGGAGGUGGAGGUGUUUCUGGAGCAGGGCCUGAGCGGGCUGCAGCUGAAGGAGGAGGAAGAGGAUGGAGGCGAGAAGGGAGGAGCCAGAGUCCAGAACGGCGGGCGGAGGAAGACGAAGCACGCCCCUCCGCCUCUGCUGCGGCUCGAUGUCAGCUGUUCCAGUCUGUCGUCACCGGCGACCUCCCCCACAGGCUCCUCCCUCAGCUCUUUAGACUCCGCCUUCUCGCAGUACUCCACUGACUACUCCGCCAACGGGGCGAUUCCAUUGGCUGAGCCUCUCUCCCCUCUCUUCCCCGGACGGCCCCAGCUGUCACCCAGAGAUCCCCCUCAGAGGGAAGCCCCGCCUCCCUGGCCUCAGCCCACCCAGACGCCGCGGCACAGCCAAACCCCCCCACAUCAACACGGCCUCCACCCAAACACAUGGCUCAAGAAGGACCGCCGCCUGUCACUGAAGCAGUCUGAAAACGGAAACUCGGAGGAGGACUUGAACGUCAAAUCCCACCCGACCAGUAACGGCUUCUCCGUUGGCGACCUGGAGGCCACGGCGACGAACCGGAACCUCCAACGGAGAUCCAAGCCCCCGUCCUACCAGCAGGCUCUGCUGCAGCUGCAGCGCAGCCGCUCUCCGUUCUACAGGGGCGCAGAGAAACCCCUGACCAUCCGAGAGCUGAGGCAGCUCCACGAGCAGACAGGAAGUGAUGUCACACAGCGGCUGGUUGGAAGUGAUGUCACACAGCCUCCACAGGGGGUUUUCUACGGACAGAACGCCACCACUCUGGUCCUCCAGAGGCAAAAGUCUCACUCUCUAACUCCGCCCAUGGAGGGACAAAAAGGGAGCCGGACUCUUCCCCGCCGAACAUCCGAACCCACCGCAAACUCUAACCCCGCCUCCAGCCUCACCCUGGACAGACCUCGCACCUCCAGAGGUCAGCCCCAAGACGGCGGCCUGCGAGUGUCCGAGGUGGACACGCCCAACCCCGCCGAGCCUCGCUUCUGCCUGUCUCCCUCCGCCACCCGGGCUGUGCGGGACUACUUCUCCUCCCAGGGGCAGGAGGACACCAACGCCUGCCUGCGGAGGAGUCAGGAGGUGGCGCUGGCGAUCGUGCAGGGGAAGAGGGAGUGGCAGAGCAGGAGGUGCAGCGACCCGCGGGUGGACGACUUUGACCAGCUGUUUUUUGCAGAAGAGUCGUACGUGUAAAUAAGAAGCGUGUACAGACGAACCGUGAGAGAGAGACUUGAGUUUGUUUCAUCGAUGAUGUGAUGAUAUUCCUCCAUAAACGCCUUUCUCCCGCUCAAUACAUACAUGUUGCAGUUUACUGUCGUGGUACAUCCAAGGUUGUAGAUUUAAAAAGGUACAGAUGAACUUCCUGCCUCCACGUUUCACCUCCACCCAUCUUUUAUGAUUCCUCAUGAUGUUGUGACAGUGUCAAUAUGUUAUUAUAUCAUAAGUUUGAAAGCUCUUUCAUGUAUUUGACAGUCACGUUGCUUUGAAGCCCUGCGGUUUGGAUAAUUAUUUACUGAUUCUGUGAAUUCGUUGCAGAGAAGAUGUGAAGAAACAGUCAGUUUAAUUGGACAUCUGGAUCUCUAAACAAACAUUAAAGCUGCUGUCAGAACGGGUCAGACGACGCAGCUCUUGUGCCAAAAUCUGUUUCCCAUGAUAAAUAUUUUUCUCUGGUAAAAUGAAGGAAAAUUUGUUCUUCAGAAAUGAAAGAGAAAGGACCAAUACUUCUUUAAAUUUCAUUCUCUAGAAGCUUUUAAAAAUGAAAAAUUCUUGAGAGACUGGUGGGGAAUCAAGGCCAUGACUAAUUUUUGCAGUCGUGUUUUAACAGCUAAACAUUUAAUAAAAAUUUGAUAAAAAAUAUACAUCUCGUGUUUCAUGUGCAGAAAGAAACUCCUCGAUGUCACGCAGAUUUUCAGGGGAUACAAACGUUUAUUAAUGCUGCUCUCUGUUCGCAUUAAUGGCAACAAUAUGUUCAUGAUGACAGCUGCGACCUCAUGCAAAUACUAUGAAGACGCUUUGAGCUCUUUUUCCAUAACUCCUGUGAUGUGUUGAGCCAGACGAGGACAGUUUAAUGACCGAUGUACAAACUUUAAAAAAAAAAACACCUUUUUAAUGACGUCUGUAAAGUGAAACAUUUUUCUGUGUGUUUGUCUGAGUCAGUGAAUCAAUAGGGCCGGUAUUUAUUCACACGAGCCGAGUUUCCAGACGCACACACAGUGUUGUCCUCUGUA